AUGGGUAAGACAAGGAGUAUGAUCAGAACUCACAAUCAUGAUGAUGCAUCUAACAGGAAGAGGUUCAAGACUUGUGACAUUAAUGGUGGCGCGACAUCUUGGUCAGACCUUGAGCAUGCUGUGCUGUUUAAAGUUAUGAUGCAACUGGGAUGCAUUGAUUUUGUUGCAUUUAGUGAAGUUUGCAAGUCAUGGAGGUCAUUUGCAGUUUCUAAAAAGAAGAUGUUUAUGGCAUCCAGACCACCCAUGUUGAUGUGGGUCCUAUAUCAUCCUGAUAAAAUCAAUGAGUGCUACCUAGAGGACUUUGAAGGAAGAAAGUUCAAAACCCUCUUUCCCCAUUCUGCUCACAGAAAAUGUGUUGGAUUAACUUGUGGAUCAUGGAAUCAUGUCUCCUCCACUUUCCCCAUCCUUGAUUUACAUGCUUUCAAGGGGAAGAUAUAUGCUCUAAACAACGAUUUCCGAUUAUGUGAGAUGAACCUAAAUCCACAACACCCUAAACUGACAUUACUGAAAAUCAAGAAUUGUUUGAAACCAUGCUUCUUCCAUCCUAAGUUUGUAAGUCUUGCGGGUGAAAAGCUUUAUGUGAUAGAUCAUAUUCCAGAAGAAGAUGAAGAUCUGUACAGGGUUCAGGAACUAGAUUUUGGAAAAAUGAAAUGGGUGUUGCAAGAAGAAAAGACAAUUGGAGAAGAAUAUGCUUUCUUUCUAAGCAUCUUGUGGAAUGAUACAGCAGUUAAUUAUGGUGCUACAGUUAAACUCGAUCUGUGUGCUAAGAUAUAUGAUUGCUUCCCUGGCAUUAGAAAAGACAUGUUUUUUGCUACAAAAAAUAUGUGGUACUUCCCUCAUGAAUGUAUGAAAGUUAAUCGUAUAGAUGAGUCAUAG